UGAGUGUGUGUGUGUGCCCUGGGGCUGCAGCCGUAUCCGGGAGCAGUGUCAGGCUGGUGAGCGCGCAGCGUCAGGGCUCCAGGCAGAGAGGAUGGAGGUGCGGCCGGAGCGGGCGAAGGUAGCGGCGGCUAAAGCGCUCAGGAGACUGCACGGAAUCAUAGAGAAGCGUCAGGAGAAUGGGGAGACGAUCGAGCUGUCAGCAGAGGGACGUCCCGAGUUGGUGGAGGAGAAGGAGCUCCCGGUGGUGGACUGCACCUGUUUUGGUCUGCCUCGCCGCUACAUCAUCGCCAUCCUCUCAGGCUUGGGCUUCUGUAUCUCCUUUGGCAUCCGCUGCAACCUGGGAGUGGCCGUGGUCAGCAUGGUCAACAACCAUACCAUCUACAGAGGAGGGAAACCCAUCAAUGUGAGAGCUCAGUUUCAGUGGGAUCCAGAGACAGUAGGAAUGAUUCAUGGAUCCUUUUUUUGGGGUUACAUCGUCACUCAGAUUCCUGGAGGAUUCAUCUGUCAGAAAUUUGCUGCCAACAGGGUGUUUGGGUUUGCGAUCGUUGCUACAUCAACGUUAAACAUGUUGAUCCCGUCCGCAGCACGUAUUCACUACCUGUGUGUGAUCAUAGUGAGAGUGCUACAGGGACUGGUGGAGGGUGUGUCUUACCCAGCAUGCCAUGGGAUCUGGGCCAAAUGGGCUCCGCCACUGGAGAGAAGCCGAUUGGCUACAACAGCGUUCUGUGGCUCGUAUGCUGGAGCUGUGAUUGCCAUGCCAUUAGCAGGAGUGUUAGUGCAGUACUCCGGCUGGUCCUCAGUCUUUUACGUAUAUGGUAGCUUUGGGAUCUGCUGGUAUAUGUUCUGGAUUCUGGUCUCCUAUGAGAGUCCGGCUGCUCACCCCACCAUCACGCCUGAGGAGAGGAAAUACAUUGAAGAGGCCAUUGGAGAGUCCGCUGGUCUCCUCAACCCACUCACGAAAUUCAACACUCCCUGGAGGAAGUUCUUCACCUCCAUGCCCGUGUAUGCCAUCAUUGUGGCAAACUUCUGCCGGAGCUGGACCUUCUAUCUGCUGCUCAUCAGCCAGCCAGCGUACUUUGAGGAAGUGUUCGGCUUUGAGAUUAGCAAGGUGGGUAUCCUCUCAGCUCUCCCCCACCUGGUGAUGACCAUCGUGGUGCCUAUUGGAGGUCAGCUGGCUGACUAUCUGCGCUCUAACAACAUCAUGAGCACCACCAAUGUCCGCAAGCUCAUGAACUGUGGUGGAUUUGGGCUGGAGGCUACGUUCCUGCUGGUGGUUGGCUUUUCUCAUACUAAGGGCGUGGCCAUCUCUUUCCUCGUACUGGCUGUGGGAUUCAGUGGCUUUGCUAUCUCAGGGUUUAACGUGAAUCAUUUAGAUAUUGCUCCUCGGUAUGCCAGCAUCCUGAUGGGUAUCUCUAAUGGAGUGGGAACUCUGUCAGGGAUGGUGUGCCCAUUGAUUGUGGGUGCCAUGACUAAACAUAAGACUCGAGAGGAGUGGCAGUAUGUGUUUCUCAUUGCUUCCUUGGUUCAUUAUGGCGGUGUUAUCUUCUAUGGUAUUUUCGCAUCUGGAGAGAAGCAGGCGUGGGCGGAGCCAGAGAACACCAGUGAGGAGAAGUGUGGAAUUCUGGGAGAGGACGAGCUAGCGGAUGAAACGGAAGAGCUCUACCGGACUGGGGGUGGUGGCUAUGGAGCCACCAGCCAAGCAGGCGACCCCAAUGGGGCAGGGACUGGAGGGGGUGGGGGUAAAUGGGUCUCUGACUGGGACAAGACAGAAGAGUACAUCCAGCCAGCCGGGACGAACAGCUACUUGUACGGAGGAGAGGAGGAGAGAGAGCUUACGUAGACAUUAAGAAAGAGAGAGAGAGAGAGAGAGAGAGAGAGAGGGGUGUAAAUCUCUGACCUCACAGAAAUUUGAUUACGAUUUUUUAGGAAACUAUUCACUGCAUCAGUCUCAAAUUACACCACAAUUCGAUUAGGUUAAUUUGAUGAUUUAGAGUGAUUUUAAAAGAAUCACGUUAUGUGCAAAUGUAACUGAAGGAACCAUUUACACGGUAGUGACAUGCAGAUAAUACCAAUGAUACACCAAGUCUUUUAUUGUUUUGGGUCUUUCCUUUUGAAAGUAGCCACGGAACUUUACUUUGGCUGAAAAAACACAAGCAGUAUAGCAACGGGAGUAAAAGGUAAAGCGAAGAAACCCCAUUUACUGUGGCUGCUUUUAAAAAGGGUUUCUUCGCUUUUCCUUUUUUAUAAAGCGUUUAUUUACUUAUUCUGCCAGUCGUUUUAUGAUGGUUCCCAACUCUAAAGUGAAUACGGGAGUGAUAGCACGAGUUUAAGCUUAAACUUUGUCCAGUAAAAGUCAUAUAUCUUUAAUUUGGCCACAAAUCUGUAAUUCAUCUAGUGACGAAGAACAGAAUUGCCAAUGUCACAUGAGCAUUACCGUCUGAUGCCACUUAGCCUGAUGCCUUUUUCUCUAAGGCCGUUUGUCCUGAUGUCCAGUUGUGCGAGAGCUGAGACUGAUGGUGUUUUUCCCAGAGAGCUGGAGCCGUUUGGUCUAAUGUCUGAAAAGCGAUGCUGUGGUCUGAGGAUGCCCUAAAACGUACACCAUAAAACACAUAUUUUGGUAGAGUUUUUACUGUCAGGCUGCUGAAUAACCAUCACUGGAAACAGGCCUUGAAUAUUAUUACAAAUCAACACAAUUGUAACAUUGCUAGAACGAUGCAGUUGAACCACCACCUUCAGACUGAUGCAUUUUUACACCCCUAGAGAGACAGGAAGGUGAAAUCUGAUUCAAGAUCGAAGAACCGUGGGGUUCGUGAAACUCGAACCGCAGUGAAGCGUCUACCAGGGCUGUGGCAGUGCAAUGAUGUGUGUUUUUGUGUGUUUGUAAACUGACUGUAUGUCUUACCAGAGCUCUGUGCAGUCACUGUACUGCAGUUAGGCACUCUUGUAGAACAUUAGGAACCUUUUCUAAUUCACCAGCCACAUCACCCCUGCCUCCAAAAGUCUUUUCCCCAUGCUUUUCCCAAUGGCUUCACACGAGCUCACGUGGGAGAGCAGCAGUGCAUGUGUCUUCUUCUGAGAAGUAACCCACAAAAACAAUAUUGUGCCAAUAUUGUAUGAGAUGAGUUUAACACUGUUCCCCGUUUCAAUCUCCAAAACAUAUAUUAGUCCACUUUCUGUGGAGGCUCAUUCAUUCAGACAUUAAAACAACACAGUCUUAGAGACGCGGUGUCAUCUUAGUGAUCACAGUCGUAUACUCACUGUAGCACACUUAGAGGUGGAUGAAGAAGUCACGCUAGUUUUGCUUUGGCUAAAAAUCAGGAGCUGCAUUACAGAAA